AUGGAGCAAAAAAGUGAGGUUAUCAGUCGAGAAUUCGUUAAAGAGCUGGAUGAAUGGAUCGAACAACUUUAUGAAUGCAAACAGCUUUCUGAAGGGCAGGUGAAAUUGUUGUGCGAAAAGGUGAGCUAUUUGUUAUUGUUUUUUGGGCUUAGUGAUACCAAUGUUAUUGAUUUUGCCGCAUCUGUCGACAAAAGUUGUUAAUUUCGUGUAAUUAGGCGAGAGAGAUCCUGAAGGAAGAGGCCAACGUCCAAGAAGUAAAAUGCCCGGUUACAGUGUGUGGUGAUGUUCACGGUCAAUUCCAUGACUUGAUGGAGCUCUUCAAGAUGGGCGGAAAGUCUCCGGACACCAACUAUUUGUUCAUGGGUGACUACGUUGACCGUGGUUACUACUCGGUUGAAACUGUUUCUUUAUUAGUUUGUUUGAAGGUACGUUUUUUUACUUUAUUUUUUGUCGUAUUUUGUAGUUGUUAAUGGUUGAUGUAUUCAGGUCAGAUACCGUGACAGAGUGACGAUCCUCAGAGGUAACCACGAAUCUCGACAAAUUACUCAGGUUUAUGGUUUUUACGACGAAUGCUUAAGGAAAUACGGAAACUCCAAAGUAUGGAAUCACUUCACUGAACUGUUCGACUUCUUCCCCCUGACCGCGCUUGUUGAUGGUCAGAUCUUCUGUCUUCACGGCGGCCUCUCCCCUUCGAUAGAUACCCUCGAUCAUAUCCGAUCGCUCGAACGUAUUCAAGAAGUCCCCCAUGAAGGUAAGAUAAUCUGUAGCGACAUUCUGAGUAUUUAUCGCUAUUACGUUUAUCCAUCGAGGAUUAGGGACGUAGUUGUUGUGUCCUUGUGGAGGGGAACGACUAAUAUACCCGCCAACAAUAAUAAUAUGUAGUUUACUUACGAGAGAAAACAAAAUACACGACCAGACUCCAGGUCGAUUUCGAAGAUCGACCUAUACCGGUGAUUUAGUGAAUAUCGAAGGCAUCAGGUAGUGUAAAAAAUGUCUAGCUUCCAAAACUGUUUAAGGGCCCUGAGGGAAUAGUUAUGACUUAUCAAAGUUCGCGCAAAAACCAACCGAGAAAGGCGCGAGGACUAUUCGGGUCGACGAUACUGGAUCGUGUUGGUCCGUCGUUAUAUGCAUGGGGAGAUUAGGAGAAGGCUUAGUUAGUAGAAAUAAUAAGAUUGGUCGGGUUCUAGGAUAGCUUGUCUCCUAUUUUGAGCUAUUUUGCAUGUAUCCUAGGGUCGCUGGCUCCUGUAUGGUUUUUUAACAAAGAGAGUAGACGUCCUUUUCAGGGCCCUAGAUUUAUCAGCGGCUCAAUGGUCUUGGAAAAAAAUAGCAACUACUCGGUUAACUUUUUGGGAGCCACUAGGCGGGUCAUGAAGAUAAAUUCGGUCGCGACUUUAUGUCAUGCUCCAAGAAGGAAGACGGCAAGGUACUACACCAACACGCGAGCUGCGAGUUCGGUGCCUCUGGGUUUGAUAGUACUCUAACCCUAUUACAGGUGGGAUAGUGUGAUACUAGCCAUACUGACUUAAGAAGGUCUGUGGAAUAAUGCAAAAAAAAUUUCAAUAACUUAGUUGCCAACCUAAUACUCACAUAAAUAAUAUCUAGAUGAAAAUUAUGGAUCGCCGUUUUUUGCCGUGAUUUUUUUUGUGUUACAAUAACUCAGGGUAAAGAAACUAAGGUUAGUUAUAGCUAAAAUUAGAAAAAGUGGACGUAUUGCAAGUCUUCGCCUUUCCCUUUCAAGCCAAUACCUCAAAAAUCAUAUUCUAAGAGUAGCAUAACUUACAAAAAAAUCUUUUUUAAUAUUUAAGGAAUUGACCGUACAACUUUCAAAAAUGCAAAUUUCUGAACUUUUUUAACGAGGUUCUAAUUCUAUUGAGCGAAUAGUUAAACACAGAUAUGAACGAAAUUCCUUUUUUCGACGAGAUAGCACAAUUUUUUAACAAAAUUUUUAAAAAACAUUUUUUGUAACUUUUGCUAUUUUUGCUAUAUGGUUUUCGAGUUAUUGACUUGAAGGGGAAUAUUUGGAUAACCACUUUUUUUAUUUAAUUAUUUUCUUUUUUAAGGCCCCAUGUGCGAUCUUUUGUGGUCCGAUCCCGAUGAUAGAGGAGGCUGGGGUAUCUCUCCUCGUGGUGCUGGCUACACUUUCGGCCAAGAUAUAUCAGAGACCUUCAACCACUCUAAUGGGAUCACCUUGAUAUCUCGAGCCCAUCAAUUGGUAAUGGAAGGAUACAACUGGUGCCAUGAUCGGAAUGUGGUCACUGUCUUCUCGGCCCCCAACUACUGCUACAGAUGUGGUAAUCAAGCAGCGAUGGUGGAGUUGGAUGACGAACUCAAGUACUCUUUCCUUCAAUUCGACCCGGCCCCUCGUCGAGGAGAACCUCAUGUGACUCGACGAACCCCCGACUAUUUCUUGUAA